UCUUCCGCCUGGUUCUGUGCAGAGCUUUUGGGGGCGCGGAUUAGGGUUUCUUCUCCUGUCUUCCUCCGUCUCUUACUAGCAGCGUCGAUGGAAGAGAUCACGGAAAAGGUUAACAAUCUGAGUGUCAAUUCUGAUAUUCACAAGAAGAAUAGGAUCCAGGUCUCCAAUACGAAGAAGCCCCUUUUCUUCUACGUCAAUCUCGCAAAGAGAUACAUGCAACAGCACGAUGAAGUGGAGCUCUCGGCACUUGGAAUGGCCAUUUCAACUGUAGUAACGAUUACAGAGAUACUCAAAAACAAUGGGCUUGCAGUUGAGAAGAAGAUCGCAACUUCAUUGGUCGAAGUGAAGGAUGAUACAAGGGUGCGGCCAUUGCAGAAGGCAAAGAUCGAGAUUUUACUUGGGAAAACAGCAAACUUCGAUGAGCUUAUGGCUGCUGCAACAAAUGAGCGAGAUGGUGGAGAAGAUCAGUAGAACUGAAAGCACUUUUGUUUUUGGCUUGGUAGAAUUUUUUAAAUUUUGGUUCUUAUUAAUCGGCCAUUUCUAUGAAUCAACAGCAGUCUAUUUUUCUACUAAGAUUCGAGUCCGGGGACAGCAUGGGAAAAUUGUCAAUUAUGACUAAAUAUGAAUAUCCUCUCGUCCAUUUUAUUCGCCAAUUUGUAAUUUUCUUUUCCG